GAACUUCACCAAUUGUUACUUGUGUCAAGGAAGUGAAUUCAUUAUUAAUGACUGGUUUGUUUGAGGUGUGGUCAGUUUUAUGGUCAAGGAUGUGGGAAGUGCUUGGUAGUUGCUUAUCUGCGAGGAAGUAAGAUUGAUAAGUGCCUGCUGAAUGUAACUACCAUAAGUUCUCCUUUUGUCCUAAAUGUAUUAUUGUGUUAAAUGUGUUAUCCGGUGUUUUCAUCAUAUUGCUGUUUAUUAGUGUUUCCCAUCCCAUUUUCCCUUGUAUAUUUGUGUUUUAAGGUGUGUUAAAGUGGAUUAUCUUGAAAUUACCCCUUUCUGAUUUGUUUUCAAUCCUUUUGGCCUAUGUUCUAUAACAGCCUCAGCUUGUCGCAGGACGUAAGGCCGGAUGGGCGCGGCCUACUGGACUUCCGGCCGGUCUCAGUCAAUGUAGGCUCAGUCAGCACUGCCGAGGGUUCAGCCGUCAUCAAGAUCGGCAACACUAUGGUUAUCUGUGGAAUCAAGGCUGAGCUGUGCACACCGAAAGCCGAAGAGCCAGAUCGAGGAUUCGUGGUAGCUAAUGUGGACCUCCCGGCUCUUUGCUCCUCUCGGCUCCGCCCAGGACCUCCCAGUGACGAAGCUCAGGUGUACAGUGGCUUCAUGCACCGUCUCUUGAGCAGCAGUCAGCUGAUGGACACGAAACAACUGUGUAUCUGCCUAGACCGUCUGGCUUGGGUGCUCUACUGUGAUUUUCACUGUCUCAGUCACGAUGGUGUACUUAUUGACGCUUGUGUCUUGGCUCUAGUUGCUGCACUCAAGACAGUGACUCUGCCAGAGGUGGAGUACAAUGCAGACACUCAGGCCAUCUCUGUCAACGAGGAAGUCAGGAAGCCUCUGGAACUCACUUCUUUUCCAGUCGCCACAACAUUUUCUGUAUUCGGCGAUAAUGUGCUGCUUGCUGACCCGAACGAUGAGGAGGAGAGAUAUGGCACAGGAGUACUCACAGUUAUCAUACAGGAUGGCAAAAUAUCAUCGGUUCACAAGCCUGGUGGGAGGCCCGUGAAUCAGGAUAAACUGCAGACCUGCUUUGCCAAAGCUAAAGAACACUCAAAGCACUUGCAGCAGCUCGUUAUGACAGCAUUUAACGCAUCUCCUGAAAGAUAAUUACUACAUAAUCACUUGUUAAAUAUAAUUUAUCAUAAUCAAUAAAUUCAUCUAUUAUUUUA